CCGCCUUUGUUUCGCCAGGGGGACUCCCGCGCGCGCCCUCGGGCCCAGGAGACGCCGCAGGCAUGGCCGACACCGCCAACCACCUGCCCUUCUUCUUCGGCAACAUCACCCGCGAGGAGGCGGAGGACUACCUGGUCCAGGGCGGCAUGAGCGACGGGCUCUACCUGCUGCGCCAGAGCCGCAACUACCUGGGCGGCUUCGCGCUGUCGGUGGCGCACGACCGCAAGGCGCACCACUACACCAUCGAGCGCGAGCUCAACGGCUCGUACGCCAUCUCGGGCGGCAGGGCCCACAGCAGCCCGGCCGAGCUCUGCGCCUACCACUCCCAGGAGCUGGACGGCCUCGUCUGCCUCCUCACCAAGCCCGUGCACCGGCCGCCGGGCGUGCAGCCCAAGAGCGGCCCCUUCGAGGACCUGAAGGAGAACCUCAUCCGCGAAUACGUGAAGCAGACGUGGAACCUGCAGGGCCAGGCUCUGGAGCAGGCCAUCAUCAGCCAGAAGCCCCAGCUGGAGAAGCUGAUCGCCACCACGGCCCACGAGAAAAUGCCCUGGUUCCACGGGAAAAUCUCUCGGGAUGAAUCCGAGCAGAUCGUGCUGAUAGGAUCAAAGACAAAUGGAAAGUUUUUGAUCAGGGCCAGGGACAACGGCUCUUACGCCCUGUGCCUGCUGCACGAGGGGAAGGUGCUGCACUACCGCAUCGAUAAGGACAAAACCGGGAAGCUCUCCAUCCCCGGCGGGAAGAAUUUCGAUACGCUCUGGCAGCUAGUGGAGCAUUAUUCUUAUAAGUCCGACGGCUUGUUGAGAGUUCUUACAGUUCCAUGUCAGAAAAUCGGGCAAACGGGCAACGUAAACUUCCGUCCACAGCUGCCAGGCUCCCAUCCUGCGACUUGGUCAGCGGGCGGAAUAAUCUCAAGAAUCAAAUCGUACUCCUUCCCAAAGCCUGGCCACAGAAAGACCUCCUCAUCCCAAGAGAACCGGCCAGAGAGUUCGGUGUCGUUCAACCCGUACGAGCCAGACCGAGGGCCGGCCAACGACAGAGAAGCCCAGCGUGAGGCCUUGCCCAUGGACACCGAGGUCUACGAGAGCCCGUAUGCGGACCCCGAGGAGAUCAGGCCCAAGGAGGUCUACCUGGACCGGAAGCUGCUGACCCUGGAGGACAAGGAGCUGGGCUCCGGCAACUUCGGGACCGUGAAGAAGGGCUACUACCAGAUGAAGAAAGUCGUGAAAACAGUGGCUGUGAAAAUCUUGAAAAACGAGGCCAAUGACCCUGCCCUUAAAGAUGAAUUAUUAGCAGAGGCAAACGUCAUGCAGCAGCUCGACAACCCGUACAUCGUGCGCAUGAUCGGGAUAUGCGAGGCCGAGUCCUGGAUGCUGGUCAUGGAGAUGGCGGAGCUCGGUCCACUCAACAAAUAUUUACAGCAGAACAGGCACGUCAAGGACAAGAACAUCAUCGAGCUGGUGCAUCAGGUGUCCAUGGGGAUGAAGUAUUUGGAGGAGUGCAAUUUUGUGCACAGAGAUCUGGCUGCAAGGAAUGUAUUGCUGGUUACUCAGCAUUACGCCAAGAUCAGUGACUUUGGACUUUCCAAAGCACUUCGUGCUGAUGAAAACUACUACAAGGCGCAGACGCACGGCAAGUGGCCCGUGAAGUGGUACGCCCCCGAGUGCAUCAACUACUACAAGUUCUCCAGCAAGAGCGACGUGUGGAGCUUCGGCGUGCUGAUGUGGGAAGCCUUCUCCUACGGGCAGAAGCCGUAUCGGGGAAUGAAAGGCAGCGAAGUUUCUGCCAUGCUGGAGAAAGGAGAGAGGAUGGGGUGCCCUCCAGGGUGUCCGAGAGAGAUGUACGAGCUGAUGACCCUGUGCUGGACCUACGACGUGGAGAGCCGGCCAGCGUUCGUGGCGGUGGAACUGCGCCUGCGCAAUUACUACUACGACGUGGUUAACUGAUGACGGCGGGCCCACCCGCCGGUGGCUGCCGUGGAGCAGAUGCGCCCGCGCGGGAAGACUGUGCCAAGCGCCUUGAUUUUGAGUCUCCAUCCCCCUCCGCCCGUCGGGAGAGCCGUGCUGACUGUCGUUCCCCAAAGCCUGUCCCGGACGGAACCCGCCCUCCGCCAGGCAAACCCGUCCCGGAGGAGCCAUGGGGGGACAGACGGAGCCCAGAAUCAGAGGGCCCGUGGGUUCGUGUUUCUUGACUGCGGGGUUUUCAUGGCAGGUUAAUUUGCAGGAUGUGUAUCCAAACUCCUUUCUGUCUGCAGCCCCCUGGCUCCUGGGCUGCGUUUGAAUCGCGCAGCAUCACCACCACCCGGGGUGCUGAACGGUCCCCCCCACCCCGCCCAGCUCUGCGUUCUCCGCGGCGGGGGGCAGCCGCUGGCCCUUGACACCUGCCCUGGGGGAGGAAGGAAGCGGAGAAGGGGUGUGGCGGCCACCGGAACGAGGCUCCCUCAGGUCCCAGGACCGAGUCCUGCCACCGGAAAGCUUUCCCCAUAGAAGUACUUGGAGGCUUUAA